AUGAAUACAGACACGUCUUCCGGGCACUCGUCUGGCUGCCAGCCACAAGAGAGAAUCGCCAUUGUGGGAAUGGGAUGCCGGUUUCCAGGCAAGGCGUCGAGCCCUUCUGCUCUUUGGGACUUGCUCACCAAUCCUGAUGAUCUCUCCAUGCCUAUCCCGUCCUGGAGGCUCCGUAAAGAAGGAUUCUACCACAAGGACGCCUCACACCAUGGGACGACGAACAGUAGGGGCUCCUAUUUCCUGGACGAUGACGAUGUCAAAAUGUUCGACGCCCAGUUCUUCAACAUCGCCCCACAGGAGGCCGAGUCAAUGGAUCCCCAGCAUCGUUUGCUGUUGGAGGUGGUUUACGAGGGUCUCGAGGACGCGGGGAUCUCGCUGGAAGCGACUUCCGGCACCUCAACCUCAACCUACGUCGGUCUAAUGUCAACAGACUGGCAAGACCUGCAACUACGAGACAUCGAUGAUGCUCCAAGGUACCUCGUAACCGGAGGAGCACGCAGCAUCGCAAGCAAUCGCUUGUCGUAUUUCUACAACUGGCACGGGCCGAGCGAGACUAUCGACACGGCCUGCUCUUCCUCGCUCGUUGCCGUUCACCAUGCGAUACAGUCGCUGCGAUCUGGCGAGGCCAGCAUGGCCGUUGCAGCCGGCACCAAUCUCCUGCUGGCGCCGGACAUGUACAUCAUGACGAGUAAUCUGAAUAUGCUUUCAUCCACUGGCAAGUGUCAAAUGUGGUCUUCUGACGCAGACGGCUAUGCUCGCGGAGAAGGCGUCGCCUGCGUGAUUCUCAAGACAUUGUCAAGUGCGCUUGCCGCCAACGACCACAUCUACGCCGUCAUUCGCGAGACCGGAGUCAAUCAGGACGGCAGGACGUCGGGCAUCACGAUGCCCAGCCCCGCGGCGCAGAGUCGGUUGAUACGCGACACCUACGCGAGGGCCGGACUGGACAUCACGCGCACGGAGGACCGAUGCCAGUUCUUCGAGGCCCACGGCACGGGCACGCCGGCAGGUGACCCGUUGGAGGCGCGGGCUAUCUGGGAUGCCUUUUUUCCAGGGAGACCAGAGGUAGAAGAGGCCUCGGAAAGCUGCAGUACCGGUUCCGACGAGCUCUAUGUCGGUUCCGUGAAGACGGUUAUGGGCCAUCUCGAAGGCUGUGCCGGGCUCGCCGGGCUCCUCAAGGCAGCCCUCAGUGUCCAACGCGGCUUUAUCCUGCCAAAUCUGCAUCUCGGGACCCCCAACCCCAAGAUCGUACCGUUUCUGGGCGCAGGGAAGAUGGCGGUGGCAACCGACGUGAUACCCUGGCCUCGGAGAGACGACAAGACGCCGCGACGUGCAUCCGUGAACUCGUUCGGCUUCGGAGGAACCAAUUCUCAUGCAAUAUUGGAGUCGCACGACGACAGCAAACUGCUACAACUGAACGAUCCAUCGGACGGAGUAUCAAACCCCGUUCGCCAAGGGUCCAACCUGCAUACGCCGGUCAUCAUCGUGCUCUCUGCCGCCUCGGAGCCUGCUCUCGCUGCCCUGACUUCCCAAUACGCAGACUACAUCGAGAAACGCCCGGAGGCGGAUUUAAGACGUCUGGCAUUGACGACCCAACGACGGCGGACGCGACUCGCCCACGGCGUGUCCUUCGCCGGAAGAACCAGGGCAGGACUCGUCCGCCAGAUGAGAACAGCUCUCCAGGCUUUCCAGGACGGCGGUAAACUCGGUAUCAUGACGUCUCCGAAUAGGUCUCUAAACAAACCGGUCGAGAUACUCGGCGUCUUCACGGGCCAAGGAGCCCAGUGGGCCAACAUGGGGGUCAAGCUUCUCGACUCAUGCCCGAUAUUCGCUCGCACCAUCGCCGUCCUCGACGAGGCCCUGGCCAAGACCAUGGAAGAGGAACAGAAGCAUUCUGAGGGCGGGAUAAAGCCGUGGUCGCUCAUUGCCGAGCUCAGAGCCCCCGCAACCACCUCCCGCGUCGGAGUGGCCGAGUUCGCCCAGCCACUCUCCACGGCCAUCCAGCUCGCCCUUAUCGAUGUUCUACACGCCGCCGGCGUCCGCUUCUCCGCCGUCGUCGGCCACAGCUCCGGCGAACUAGCGGCCUCUUACGCUGCAGGGUUGACCUCCGCGGUGGACUGCGUCCGCAUGGCGUACUACCGCGGUCGGUUCUCCAUGUUGGCUCGUAGCCCGACCCGGGACGCGGCCACGAACGAGUAUAAAAAGGGUGGUAUGAUGGCCGUCAACCUCUCCAUGGAGGAAGCCCAGGCAAUUCUUGCCGAAGACGGGCUCAAUCUCGGCGGAAGCGUCUGGGUGGCGGCUAACAACGCCCCGAAGAGCGUCACCCUGAGCGGCGAUCUCGACAAGCUCAGGGACUUGAAGGCUGUUUUCCGCGAGCGAGACAUCCCGGCCCAGAUGCUCAGGGUCGACAGAGCAUACCACUCGCCGCACAUGGUGCCAUCGGGAGAUGCAUACCGGCAAACGUUGGCCAAGUGUCAGCUCGAAGGGCCACCGCAGCAGCAACACUCCACAAACGAGGCGUGGACUACUUGGGUGUCGAGUGUGUACCCGGACUGGGACCCAAUGUCCGCCCAGGACCCCGAUGCGGUUCCGGAAACGGUCAGAAUCGCGCAGUACUGGGUGGAGAAUAUGCUAUCUCCUGUCCUAUUCCGCGAGGCCCUCGAAAAGACCGCGUCACAAAAAGACAUUUCCGUCAUUCUGGAGGUCGGACCACACCCCGCGCUCCGUCGCCAGGUUGGGGAUACUUGGGCGGCCAAGGGCAACUCCUCGGCGUAUCACGGAACUCUAAACCGGGGCGCCGAUGAUACCGAGAGUCUGGCCGGCCUGGUCGGUUUCCUUUGGCAGCACGGCGUUCCGGUCGACCUCAGCAUUCUCGAUCCCGGACCGGCUGAGGCUGAGUCUGGACUCGUUCCCCUUCCGGGUCUGCCAGUCAUGCCUUGGCAGCACAACCGUGUCUACUGGUGCGAAUCUGCCAAAGCGGCCCAGUUGAUCCACCGAGACGCCGCCAACUUUCUUCUCGGACAUUGCACCAAAACCGGGUCGAGCUAUGGCGGCACUCAACGCAUUGACAAAGAGAACCCGGACGCGGGAGCUUUCGUGAAGCUGACGGAAUGGAGCUGGCGGCAGAUCCUUCGUUUGAACGAGCUUCCCUGGCUGAAUGGACACAAAGUCCAGGGCCAAGUCGUGUUUCCAGCGGCAGGCUACUGUGUUAUGGCGAUGGAGGCUGCCAAGCAACUCACCCAGGGGAUACGGGGGCUUCCGGAAAUUGGACUCAACGAUACGCAGCUUACGCUUGAGGUUGUGCAACUCGAAGACGUCGAAUUCGGCCGAGCGGUUGUGUUCCCGGACAAGAGCAACCAGGGCGUGAGUAUCUCGCUUCACCUACACGAUAUCCAGUUCAGAAGACACCAUACGCACUCUGGAUCCGGAGAAGAGGUUGCCAUGGACUUCUGCGCCGCCUUUUACAUCGAAGCUCAGCCUGGUUCCGUCGGAGAGCCAGGUCGCGCCAACGUCCCUCAUGUGGCGUGCUCCGGCCGCAUCCUCGGCAUGGUGGGAUCAUCUCUAGUGAAGCCCAGCUUUGCGGACGCAAUGCCUCCUUAUGUCAAAGACGCCGUCUAUCUGCAUUCAGUUCCUGCUUCCUCGGUCUACGAAGCUUACGCUGGCAUCGGCCUCGAAUAUUCCAAGCCUUUCCGGGUUGAUACCGUGGAACGAUGUCUCGGCCGCGCGAGGUCGACUGUCAAACUCACAAACGUCCUGCCGGUGGACGAACAGUCCCAAGUGGCAGCGGAGGAGGGGUCGUGCUUCCCCGUGGCGCUGCUCGACAACGCCUUUCAGACAUCUCUGUCGGGUUUCACCGCGCCAGGAGACGGCAAGCUGUUGGCGCCAUAUCUACCACGCGUCAUUCGUAAGCUACGGGUCGAUCUUACGGCUUACGAGACCAUGGCAAAGGCUGAAGCCGACACUCGAAUCCUGCUCGAUGCCACCGUCAUAGGGCGCGCAGAGCCGAGAGAGGGAGAGGAAGAUUCGGAAGGGAGCGGCGGCUCGAGUACGGGCACAUGGGUGGCCAACAUCGAAGGCGUUAUCAUGGAGGCAGAGUCACAAGGCGACUUGGCCGAGGCUAAUCGCAUGAUUCUUCAAGUCGAAGACCUCCAGUGCGUCAACCUUGUGCCGACCCAUGGACCUUACCAAGAAGGCAUCUUCAGCGAGGAAAUCUGGGCCCCUGACCCGCAAGUUGCGCUGGCCGAGUUCGGCCUCGAAGCAGACGGCCCCGGAGAUCAGGACGCCCUCGCCGUGGUCGAGCAGCUGACGCAUUACCACAUGUGUCAAGUUUACGAAACCUUCACCGCCGAAGAGGCGCGCGACGAGGCCAAGACGUCAUGGUUCAUACGCCGAUUCUGGGACUGGCUCCAUCACCGCCUGACGCGGGACGGACAGGAUGCGUAUCGGAACCCGUGGCGCGAUGACGCCGGCCGCGUUGAGCGCCUCAUGCGGCGUGUUGAAUCGGCUAAGCAUCGCGUUGAGGUGGAGAUCCUGCAGGCCGUCGCGCAGAACAUCGUGAGAGUGAUGAGGCAGGGGGAAGGGCCGACUUUGCUCGAGGUCCUGUUCGAGAACGACAUGCUUGCGCGGCUGUAUACCGAACCCGUCAUGUAUGCCCGGGCGAACCGGUACCUUGGGAGGGUAGCGGGAGCGAUCUCGCACCGGUUUCCUCGAUGCAAGAUAUUAGAGAUCGGCGCAGGCACGGGAGGCGCAACAAGAGCCAUGUUCAACGGCCUUGACGGAGCAUACAGCUCGUACACUUUCACCGACAUAUCAAGCAGCUUCUUCGAGAAGGCCAAGGCGAACUUCAAAGAAGAGGCCGACCGCAUCAUCUUCAAGACCCUCGACGUUGAGAAGGACGUGACGGAGCAGGGAUUCUCCCCUGGCACUUACGAUGUUGUCGUCGCCUCCAACGUCCUGCACGCCACCAGAGACAUCGAGCGGUCCUUGGCCAACGCCCGGCGGCUGCUCAAGCCGGGCGGCUAUCUGCUCAUCCUGGAGAUCACCGACGUCGAGAAGAUCCUCGUGCCUUUCCUCAUGGGCGCUGUGCCCGGUUGGUGGCUAUUCGAGGAUAGAUGGCGGGCGGGCACCUACAGCCCGCUUCUCAGCGAGUCCAAAUGGGACCAGGUCCUCCGGCAGGUCGGGUUCGAUACGGGGACGGAGUUCGUGUGUCACGACAUGCAAAAUGAGCAUCUCACCAGCGUCAUGGUCGCCAGGGCGUCGGACCAGGAAUGGACCGCCUUCCAGAGCGGCGCCGUCAUCGCUGAGACUGCUUUAAAAACGGACAACCUCAUAAUCGUGGCCGGGCCCGACCAGGACGAAGAUGGGAAGAAACCCAGCUCCAGCAUUCUAGCAGAUGGCAUCGUUUCGGCGAUGUCUCGGUUUGACGAUACCAUAAAGCAUGAGCAUCCUCUACAGAUAACCAACCUCCACGGCCUCGAAGCCGCGGCAGCCUCACCCCUUCUGGGAAGCAGCAUGCUUUUGGUCCUCUCGGAUCUCGAUAAGCCGGUUCUGGAUGACACGAAGCCCGCAGAAUGGGAGGCCCUCAAGGACGUCUUCGCCCGGGCAGGCCACGACAUCAUCUGGGUCACGAGAAGGAGACUCCGGGGCGCCGAUCCGAAGCAGAGCAUGAUCGUCGGGCUGGGACGGUGUGCCCGCCAAGAGAACCCGGCUCUGAAGUUGCAGUUCGUCGACGUGGAUGACGAUGAAAGCGCCGAUGCCGUCCGUACCCUGGCGCUGAUGACGCGCCAGGCGCGCGUUCUAAAGCCGGUCGUUGGCAGUUCCGGCGAGUCGGCCUGGUUGUAUUCUACGGAACCUGAAGUCGCCGUUCAAAAGGGCCGGCUGAUGCUGCCGCGUCUCGUUCCUCUGCAUGACGCGAACAAGCGCUACCUGGCACGUCGCGCGGGCUUUGUACCGGAUGAUGGAGACCACUUGGAAGAAGGAGACGUAAAUGAGAAUCAGACAACACGCAACGGAAGCUUGGAUGGAAAGCCGCAUCCUCAUCUUCAACACCCGUUGUCUCCUUUGUCUCCGCCGCUGUCAGCGGAUUCAGAUGGAGGUUUCUAUCCUGGCUUCGGCCUCGGCACAGCCCUUCGUAUCUCAUACCCACAUGGUCUUCGACUGAACGGACCACAAGAGCCUCCCGUCUUCAUCUCGCUUUCAAGCCACGGAGAGUCGGGGAGGGCUAUCAUUAUAUCGGCAGGAUGCCCCGACGGUCCGACCAUCGCCCCGAUCCACGCCGGCGUGUUCCCCGUGUGCGCUCCUGAAGGUCUCUGGAAAUCAGUCGACCUUGAAACUGCGUUCCUCUCGGUGAUUAUUUGCUACCUUGCGGCUUCCAUGGUCUUCCAGGCUGCGGAGGACUGCUAUGAGGCGUCAGCAGCGGUCAUGGUGAUGGAGCCAGACACUACUUUCGCACACGCCCUCGCCCAGCUUGCAAAGAGGCAUAAACGCCACUUAUACGUCGUCACUUCGAGACCGCCGCCGCGAGAAAGACAGGGCACGUUUGCGAGCUACAUUCACCCAAGCCUCUCGGCCCACAAGGUGAAGAAGCUUCUUUCCAGACAUAGGACGGGUGUUGUCGUGAACUGCGGCUCGUUCAAAUGCCCCGGCUUCUGCGCGGACGCCCAGUAUACCGCUAUGAGUUUCAACUUGCCAAAACAAUGGAAGCACUUCAUCCAAGAACAGCAACCUCUGGAACGGGUCGACAAGCGACAGCCAGCUACACCUCCCGGUUGGGUACAGAUCCCCUUGUCUGAAGCUGGCCUGCCAGCAUCGGCCAGUAGAAUGUCUAUUCUCGUCGGAAACGCGGCUACUCUGGCGGCAGACAUGGUGUCGACUUCCGACGGGCUGUUCAAGAUCAACAAAGUCACCAUGCUCAACUGGGUUAACGUCGAAACAACCACGUCGACGACGACGACGACGCCCCCCGAGCACAAUCAGACUCGUCUCCUCCCCAGCCCGCGGAGUCUGUUCCACCCGGACAAGACCUACCUCUUCGCCGGCAUCACCAGUGAUCUCGGCCUACUAGUCGCCAAGUGGAUGGCCGAGAACGGCGCCCGGUCGUUCGCCCUGACCAGCCGCAACCCCAACAUCCCGCCCCUCUGGCUGCAAGAGAUGAGCAAGCUCGGCGCCGAGGAGGUCCGCGUCUUCAGCAUGGACGUGACGGACCCCGACUCCGUCAACCGGACAUGCGACACCAUCGGCCAAACCAUGGCUCCCGUGGGCGGCGUCGUUCUCGGCGCCAUGGUCCUCAGAGACACCUUGCUGGAGAACAUGCCUCUCAAGACCCUGCAGGGGACAAUGGCACCCAAGGUAAAGGGGUCGCGUCUCGUCGAGGACUACUUCCGGGACGCCCCCCUCGACUUCUUCAUCUUCAUGUCCAGCAUGUCCGCCGUCGUCGGCAUCAGGGGCCAGUCCAACUACUGCGCCGGGAACAUGUACGGCCGCGCGCUGGUCGCCGACCGCCGCGCCCGCGGCCUGGCCGCCUCGUCCAUCGACCUAUCCACCGUCUUCGGCGUCGGCCACUUCGCCAAUGCCGGCGCCGUGAACCUUCCCACUGUCCACGCCAACUUGGAAGGCUUCAACACCCUGGCUAUCGGCGAGGCCGAGCUGAUAGACUCCUUCCACGAGGCUAUCCUGCGGGGGCCGCCGUGCGCGUCCUCGAAGGGGGAGGUUACCGUCGGGCUCGGCUCAGAGACGGCCGUGGCAUCCGACCGGCCGCCCGUGCCCGCCGCGUGGCACGACGACCCGCGCUUCGCACACUUCACGGCGCGUGAGGGAGAUCAGCGAAGGGGUGGCGGGAAGCAAUCCGGGGCGGCCGGCGGUGCGAGCAGAAGGAAUACGCGCGAGGAGCUGGCACGCAGCACCACGGAGGAGGGGCGGCUGGCUGCCCUCAGCGGGUGUUUCGUCGAGAGAAUCCAGGAGAUCAUGCAGCUUGCGGCGUCGUCCCUGCGGACGGAUGUCCCGCUGACGGACUUGGGCAUCGACUCGCUGGUCGCGGUUGACUUGCGUGGUUGGUUCUUCAAGGAGCUGGGUGUGAGUGUUCCCGUGUUGAGCAUUCUCAAUGGCGAGAGCGUCAAGAAUGUGUGCCAGACCGUGCUUUCGCAGGUACAGCUAGAUGUUUAG